UUCUUCUUUUUUCCUGCAGACCUAAAUCCUCGCUGCGUAGGGAUUAUUUAUUCGCUUCUAUUGUUUCCGGUGUUUACCUACCUUAGACCAUCAACAACCUCGGUUUUCAGGAACGACCGUAUCCCACACCAAACACUGCGACAAUGACAGAGCAUGUCCCUACUGAAGUGAUCGCCACAACGCUGCCUAAUAAUGCCGGGGAUAUGAGGGCGCAUUUAGCAGAUUUAACUAAGCGGGCUGCCGCUAAGGAUGCUGUCAAAGAUUUCAACGCAGCUGCUGAGCUCUACUCUGAGGCUACGGAACUCCAGGCUAGGUUGAAUGGGGAAUUGUCCCUUAACAACGCUGAUCUCCUUUACGCUUAUGGGAAAGCCCUCUAUAACGUAGCUGUGAGCAAGAGUGAUGUCCUUGGGACCAAAGUGGCUGGGGAGAAUCAGACACAGACACAUGACGCGCUUACUGAGGAUGCUUCUCUGUCUCGGGCAACUUCUGCUAGUGACCACCUUGUUCAUAAUUCAAUCGCCAGUGGACUAGCUCAGAAGGAGAUGCUUGGGGAGAAGGCACAGUCUCAGAAUGUCGAGAACAAGCCAUAUUUUCAAUUCACAGGCGAUGAGAACUUCGACGCCUCUGAUUCCGAGGAUGGGGAUAAAGGCGAAGGGGCUGAAGAAGACGAAGACGAUUUUGCUAAUGCUUUUGAGGUGCUUGAUCUAGCUCGUAUACUCUACCUUAAGCAAUUAGAUGCAGCGGAAGAAGAACGUGGAAAAGGCAAAGCCACAGGUCUGCCUUCGCAUGUCAAACAUAUCAAGGAACGCCUCGCAGACACAUACGAUCUUCAGGCUGAGAUCUCGCUAGAAGCUGAACGAUUCACAGAUGCAGUGGCUGACCUCAGAACGGCGCUGGAAUUAAGGCUAUCACUGUUCCCAAUGGAGGAUCCUUCUAUCGCCGAAUGCCAUUACAAGCUUUCGCUCGCCUUGGAGUUUGCAUCUGUCAACAAGGCAGAUGAUAGCCCUGAUUAUACUGACGGCCAUGGAAAGAUUCAUGAAGAAAUGAGAAAGGAGGCGGCUAGUCAAAUGGAAAAAGCGAUCGAAAGUUGUCGAGUAAGAAUGGCACAAGAACAAAAGCUACUGGAUGACGAUAGCACACUAGAGGAAGAUAAAGCGACAGCUAUGAGAAGAAAAGUGGCCAAUGUGAAGGACAUAAUAACAGACAUGGAGCAAAGGCUUAUUGACCUAAAGCGCCCAUCGGUGUCUCUUGAAGACCAUGAGAAGAGGAAUGAAGCUGUGUUGAAAGGCAUCUUGGGUCAAAUAGUAGGACAGUCACCCGCAGAACAGAGGGUACAGUUGGACAAAGUCACGAAAGAAGCCAAUGACCUUUCUGCUUUUGUCAAGCGGAGGUCAGGUAAUAACCAUCAACCCGGAUAUGCGCAGAAGCGCUCGGCUCAGGAACAAGACCAAGGAGAAGAAGGUUCGAAGAGAGCACGGGUCGGCAGCACAAGCGGUCCCAGUUCAUAAGCAGUUCUAUUAGUUCCUGCUGCGUUAGCCUUCACUCAGCUUCGCCCUUGGUCAUCCACUUGGCGCUUCUGUCGGGCUAUGGUUUGUUUCACCUGGAAAAAAAAAGACUGGAUCUAGUCUGGCGCGAUAUUUGGCCUUUUUCUUUCUCUCCUUUUCUCUUUCUUUUCCUUUCUCUCUUUUUGGUUUUUUG